CGCCAGUUCACAUCCUUUGAGCGAGUUUCUGUCCUAUCAGAGGCCUUACCCUACCUGCAGCGUUUUGCGGGAAAGACGGUGGUCAUAAAAUAUGGAGGAGCAGCUAUGAAAGACCCCUCACUGAAGGCGGGGGUCAUCAAUGACUUGGUACUGCUCUCUGCGGUCGGCAUCAGGCCAGUGCUUGUACAUGGCGGUGGACCAGAGAUCAACUUCUGGCUUGAAAAGUUGGGCAUUGUGGCAGAGUUCAAAAAUGGCCUGCGUGUGACGGACGGCGCCACGAUGGAUGUGGUGGAGAUGGUGUUGGGAGGUCGGGUGAACAAGGGAUUGGUCACCCUCAUCCAGCAGGCUGGAGGUCAAGCUGUCGGCCUGUGUGGAAAGGACAGCGGACUCAUCAGGGCCCGCCAGAUGGUUGAGAAGCAGAUUGGCUUUGUGGGUGACAUCACCAGCAUCCAGCCGCGGCUCUUGAACACCCUGGUGGAGACAGGGUACCUGCCUGUGGUGGCCUCAGUGGCGGCAGACAACAACGGCCAGGCGCUGAACGUCAAUGCAGACAUUGCUGCCGGAGAGAUUGCGGCUUCUUUGAAGGCGGAGAAGCUGAUUCUCAUGACAGAUGUGCCCGGCGUGUUGAGAGACAAGGACGACGUAUCCACAAAGUUUACUGCGCUGGACAUCCGGCAAGUCAGGGAACUCGUGGCGGACGGCAUCAUUGCAGGCGGCAUGAUCCCAAAGGUGGAGUGCUGCACAAGGUGUUUGGCACAGGGUGUCCGUGCCACGCACAUCAUUGACGGCCGGCAGCCGCACUCCCUGCUCAUGGAGCUGCUCACAGACGAGGGCGUGGGCACCAUGAUCACGGGGUGA